UGUAGACAUCUGGCUUUAGUUUUGGGGAUGACAAAUGUUGAAGGGGAGCAGAGUGAAGUCAAUGAAGUGAUAGUUCUCUCUCUCUCUCUCUGUGCAAACAUGAAGACUGAGAGCGAGACACAGAACAUGGAUUCCAAUGUGACAAUUACUGAGGCUGAUGGGAAGAGCUUGCUGGAGAACUCUGAAAGUGAAAGCUUCUAUCAGAGACUCAACAAGUUGCAUAACUCAUCUGGGCUGAACCUCCUUUUUGAUCUCAGACAAUCAACAUUGGACUUGCAUCUGUUUUACAAAGAAGUUACUGCAAGAGGAGGGUUUAUUCAGGUUACCACUGAUGAGAGAUGGGGCGAAGUUGCACUUGCCUUAAAAUUGGACGGGGAUAAUCUGCAGGAUCCUCAACCUCUGUUGAAGCUUUACGCGCUCUUUCUUUACCAGUAUGAGCAACUUUACUACUACAGGGAAUCCCAUGCGAAAGCUGCUUCUACUCUAGGUCAUGGUUUUUAUAGUAUUGGGGAUAGCUCAGCAAUGGAAGGGCAGUGCAGUGAUAAUUCAUGUCAGAUGUUACCGAAUCUUGAAAAUGCUCUUGCAGAGAAGAAGAUGCCCAAAAAGGACUUUCAACCAACACUGAUAGGUUCAACAUCUUCAGAACAGCAACAAUUCCCCCAGCUAAGUUCAAAGAGAAAAGAGAAGAAAAAGCGUUGUGGCGCUCCUCGAGGGGCACAAAGUGGUUAUCAUAUCUACCUCAGGAAAGAAUGCGAAAGGCUGAAAAGUACUGAUGCAGGGAAACUGAAGGGCCAAAAUUUCCGAGCCAUGGCAGACAAUGCAUGGAGAUCCUUCUCUGAGACUGAGAAACUGCCAUACAUUGAGGCAAGUAAGAAGGUUAACGGAAAACGACUGGCUCAACAAGUGACUGCUGAUGAGGAAAACCUGGGCAUGCAAAAUGCAGAGAGGGAGAAAAAGCCUUCACUCAAUGGGGACUGCCACUUAACCAACCAGAAGAUAAUGUGGUUCACUAAGCAAAUGAAGGAAGUCUAGAGUUUCCGUUGGGGGUUGCCCUUGAAGUCGAAGAGGCUUUAUAUUCCGGUGAAAGGCGGAUGCUGUAUGUCAUCAUCAAUUACAACCUAGUAGGUCUUGUUUUGUUUAUUUUGUAAAUAUGAUCCCUUGAUGG